ACCACACACCUAACCAACCAAAAAAGAAAAAAAAAAUCUACAGAGCUCUUCUUCUUCUUCAUCCACCGACCUCACCUACUCCGAGCCAUGGCGUCUUCUUCUCCGUCGAGCUUCGUCAAGAUGUCGCCGUUGGAUCUCAUGUCGGCGAUCAUCAAGGGAAAGUCGGCUGUCUCCGACCCGGCGAACGCCUCCGUCUACGAGUCCGUCGCCGCCGAGUUCGCCGCGAUUCUCACAGAGAACAGGGAAUUCGCGGCGCUCCUCACCACCUCCAUCGCCGUCCUCAUCGGCUGCGUGUUCUUCCUUGUGUGGCGGAGAUCCGGCGGCAACAAGCCCAAGCGCGUCGAGCCUCUGAAGCCGUUGGUGCUCAAGCCCCGUGAGGAGGAGGUCGAAGACGGGAGGAAGAAGGUCACUAUCUUCUUCGGCACUCAGACCGGAACCGCCGAAGGUUUUGCCAAGGCGCUUGCGGAGGAAGCUAAGGCGAGGUAUGAGAAGGCCAGAUUCAAAGUCGUUGAUUUGGAAGAUUAUGCUGCAGAUGAUGAUGAGUACGCGGAGAAAUUGAAGAAGGAAAAAUUUGCUUUCUUCUUCUUGGCCACAUACGGAGAUGGUGAGCCUACUGAUAAUGCGGCCAGAUUCUAUAAAUGGUUCACAGAGGGGGACGACAAUGGAGAAAUGCUCAAGGACAUGAAAUACGGAGUCUUUGGGUUAGGAAACAGACAGUAUGAACAUUUUAACAAGAUCGCCAAGGUGGUGGAUGAGAUGCUUUCCGAUCAAGGUGCCGAGCGUCUUGUACCUGUGGGUCUUGGAGAUGAUGACCAAUGUAUUGAAGAUGACUUCACUGCUUGGCGUGAAUCCUUAUGGCCAAAGUUGGAUAAGUUGCUUUGGGAUGAGGGAGAUGUAGCUGUUACUACACCUUACACAGCAGCCGUGUUGGAAUACCGAGUUUCCGUGUAUGACUCUGAAGAUGGAAAACUGGAGGAGAGCUUGGCCAAUGGAAAUGGUCGUACUGUGUAUGAUGCUCAACAUCCAUACAGGGCUAAUGUUGCCAUAAAGAAGGAACUUCAUACUCCCGAGUCAGACCGUUCUUGCACCCAUUUGGAAUUUGACAUAGCUGGGACUGGACUUUCGUAUGAAGCAGGAGAUCAUGUUGGUGUAUACAGUCAGAACUCAAGUGAAACGGUGGAGGAAGCACUUAGGUUGCUCGAUAUGUCCGGUGAUAUUUAUUUUGCCCUCCAUACUGAUAAAGAGGACGGUACACCGAUCACAAGUGGCUCUCUUCCUCCUCCAUUCCCACCUUGCACUCUAAGGACAGCACUAACUCGAUACGCGUGUCUUCUGAGUUCUCCUAAGAAGUCUGUGUUACUUGCUUUGGCCGCUCAUGCUUCUGAUCCGACCGAAGCUGACAGAUUAAGACACCUUGCGUCACCAGCUGGGAAGGACGAGUAUGCGAAAUGGAUAGUGGAAAGUCAGAGAAGUCUCCUUGAGGUGAUGGCUGAGUUUCCUUCAGCCAAGCCUUCCAUAGGCGUCUUCUUUGCCUCCGUUGCUCCGAGGCUGCAGCCUAGGUUCUAUUCAAUCUCGUCAUCUCCAAAGAUCGUGCCAUCUAGAAUUCAUGUGACGUGUGCUCUGGUUCUCGACAAGAUGCCAACUGGAAGGAUUCACAAGGGUGUCUGCUCAACUUGGAUGAAGAAUGCCGUGCCUUUGGAGAAAAGCGAGAACUGCUGUUGGGCACCGAUUUUUGUGAGGCAGUCCAACUUCAAACUUCCUUCAGAUGCUAAAGUACCAAUCAUUAUGAUCGGUCCUGGGACUGGGUUGGCUCCCUUCAGAGGUUUCCUUCAGGAAAGACAUGCCCUGAAAGAAUCUGGGGUUGAACUCGGAUCAUCAAUUAUGUUCUUCGGGUGCAGAAACCGUAGAAUGGAUUUCAUAUACGAGGAUGAGCUCCAGAGGUUUGUGGAGAGAGGUGCCCUCUCAGAGCUUGUUGUUGCCUUCUCACGCGAAGGACCCACUAAAGAAUACGUCCAGCACAAGAUGAUGGACAAGGCGUCGGAAAUGUGGAAGACGAUAUCGCAGGGAGGUUACCUAUAUGUAUGCGGUGAUGCAAAGGGCAUGGCGAGAGAUGUUCAUCGAGCCCUCCACACUAUAGUUCAAGAACAGGGAUCAAUGGAUAGCUCCAAAGCAGAGAGCUUUGUGAAGAACCUGCAAAUGAGUGGUAGAUAUCUCCGUGAUGUGUGGUAAUAUCACCGCACGGAUCAUUUGUAUUUGUGUUCGUACACGGAGAAAAGAGUAUACACCGAGCGAGCUAUUAUGGGGAGUUUACAGGAAGGAAGCUCUUCUUCCUCCUCUUCAGACAAACUUAAAGAUAUCCCACUCUAAUAAUUCUUUUUUUUUAAAAAAAUUUUUGUUUAUAUAGGCUGAGUAAGUUCAUUUUGAAUUCAACAUUAUUUUUUAUCUUCAAUUAUAAAAGUUACAAUAGGGAAAUGAAGUGUUGGUGGUGAUGAUGUGGGCACUGUAGAGUAGUGGUGAAGUAUCUGUGCCCUUUUGUAUAAGACUUGAGAAGAGGACACUGUCUUGUCUUGUGCCCCCUUUCUGCAAUGCUCAAGUGUCUUCUUUUUUUUC